AAUCCCCCAAAUUCUACACUCACCGGUCACCACCUUCUAUUUUCCAGCGAACCAAACAGAACUAAAAAAUCUCAAAUUUUCCAUCACUUUCCCGGAACAUGUCAGCCGGACUCGGAAAAUGCAGCAAGAUCCGCCACAUUGUGCGGCUCCGCCAGUUGCUGCGGCGGUGGCGCAGCAAGGCCUGCACGUCCGCCAAGCUCAUACCCUCCGAUGUUCCCGCGGGACACGUGGCCGUCUGCGUGGGCACCAGCUGCACCAGAUUCGUGGUGCCGGCGUCGUACCUGAACCACCCCGUCUUCAAGAAGCUCUUAGUGCAAGCCGAGGAGGAGUACGGCUUCUCGAACAGCGGUCCGCUCGCGAUCCCCUGUGACGAGUCGCAGUUCGAGGAGGUGCUUCGGUUCAUUUCCCGGUCCGAGUCGGGUAACUCGACCCGGUUAGUCAACAUAGACGACUUCCAGAGAUGCUGCCACGUCGGCGUCCGGAGUAACCUCGAUUUGUGGGCCGAUUCUCGACCGUUGCUUCGUGGACUUUCCGAGAAGACAAUUUGGUAAACUUACCGGAAACCGGCUGUUAGUCGGUUUUUUUUUUUUUAUGGUUUCUGAAAAAUAAAGACAUACACGAAGACGCUCCAGUUCUCUCACUCGCCCGGGUGUGGCUCAGUCCGAGUCGUCUCGCUCCAAAGCCAUCGAUUGAACAGAGUAAAACGCUAAGCGACCGAGUUCAAGUGUAAAGUCGGCUCGGAUGAGUUAACCCAGUUCGGGUUGGGUGCUCUUUUACAUUUCCCUUUUGUUUGUUUUUUACCGUGGAAAUUAUGUGAUUAUUGGGGGCACUGGAUAGCAAGCUACUGAGCCGAGUGGCCGAGUUACGAAUGCAUGAAGCUCCGAAGAAUGAAAUGGAGAUGGCAAAUGAGUGGGUGAGUCAAUCCACCGAGUCGUCCCGGGUUCGACUAGGAGUGGAGGCAGAGUCUGUGAUUAAAUUUUUGGAGCUGAAGCGAGCUGCUGAGGAGAAAGAUGAUGGACAGAGUAAAAUUACUGAUAGUUUCCCAAAAACAAAAAAAAGAGUAAAAUUACUGAUUUGGGUCUUUAUUUUUCUUGUAAAUUCUGUGAUUUAUUGAUUAAUUAACGCGAUCAUAAUACAGAUUAGUACCUUCUUUGACAA